AUGCAGAUAGACAACGUGGCAUUGAGAGGAGUGGCUGCUCAGUCUUCCCUUUUUAAUUGGGAAUAUAGUCCAAGUAAACUCAUCGAUGGAAACCGCAACUCUAACUAUAACUAUGGUGGAUCCUGCAGCAGCACUGUGUUUAACACCAACCCCUGGUGGAGAGUGGACCUGCUGGAUCUGUACAGAGUGACAGCUGUCACCAUCACCAACAGAGGAGACUGCUGUCCUGAGAGACUUGAUGGUGCUGAGAUCCGCAUCGGUAACUCACUGGAGAACAACGGCAUCAACAACCCCAGAUGUGAUGUCAUCUUCCACAUCCCAGCAGGAGAGACCAACACGUUCCAGUGUAAUGAGAUGGACGGUCGCUAUGUUGUUGUUGUGAUCCCUGGACAGAACAAGAUUCUCACUCUGUGUGAGGUGGAAGUUUACGGCCUUCCUGCAGGAUCCUGCACCCACACUGAACAGGAGACCAACCCCUGGUGGAGAGUGGACCUUCUGGAUGUGACCAGAGUGACAGCUGUCACCAUCACCAACAGAGGAGAUGUUGUUCCUGAGAGGCUUGAUGGUGCUGAGAUUCGUAUCGGUAACUCACUGGAGAACAACGACAUCAACAACCCCAGAUGA